AUGCAGAUCACUCCGAGGAAAAGCGGCGGCACGGCACCCGUGAGCCAACUCCCCAUUUUCAGCCGCAGCAACUCCAGCGCCGGCCUUGGAGUGGGAGGGCAUUCGGCGCGGCCGUCCGUCCAUCUGCGCUGCAGCCUUCUGCGCACACCACCGCCUCGUCAUCAUCACGUUUCACCCUUGGGAACGGCCGCUGUCGCCAGCGCCGGUGGUGGUGACGGCACCACGUCGCCUUCCCUCGCGCCGUCUGAGGCCUAUCCGUUUCCAUCAUCCGGCAGACGGUUCGAGAGGCUGCACAGCGGUCGCCGUGGGCCGGGAAACCACAGCGAGGAAAUUUUGCCAUAUUUGGAUUUGGAUUCUGUGGCCAGCGAGGCGGAGACGGCAGCGAACGCCAUGUCGCGUGAGGAAUUAGAGAGUGCCGUGAGGGAACUGGAGACGGAGAACCUCAUGCUGAAGAGUGCCGUUCUCCGCGCCCGUGAGGAGUUGACAAAACAGCGGGAGGGUCUGCGGGAAACGUACGAGGCGGCGGAAAAGGAGGGCGAGAGUAUUGCAAAUCAUCUCACACGCCGUGUCAACGCCGUACGGGAGCAGAAGGCACGGCUAGAGACUCAGCUGCACAAGGAGGAGGCGAUGAAGGAGGAACAGGAGCAAAAGCUUCUUAAACUUAAACUCAGCAGCUUCAAAUUAUCAAAGUGCGUGCAACGUGAGGAGGAAGAGACACUGACAGCGUUAACGAAUCGGCUGCAGCAGCUGCAAACUCAACGACAAAAUUUUGAGAAUCUUUUGUUAGAGCAGUCUUCUUCGCUGCAGCAAUUACAGGAGCUUGUGGAUAGUUUUCAAACUCAGACGAGAUGCAACGAGGGCCUUCGCGUGUCGCGCGAGGGAUGCUCAGAGGCGGAUGGGGAUUCAAAUUCUGCUGCCGCAGAUGCCAUCGCGCCGGCUGAGCAGCACUCGUUGCGGAGCGAAACCGCUGAGCACGCGGAUCCGGCGAGCGACCCGCAGGAGAUGCUUCAGUAUCUGAAGCAUGAGGUCGCCUUUGUAGAGGGAUUACAACGUGAGGCUUUUGAGCGAGGGGAACGAUACAAGCUGAGGCGACAGGAGCUUGAGCAGCGAAUUUCACAUGCGGAAUGUGAGCGUCGCAGCAACCGACACUCCUUAGAAGGCAUCCAUCAGGAGCUGGUGGAGACAACAGCCACCGUGUCAGAGUUGGCGUCCGCGGCGGAGCUGGCGAUGGAGACUCAGAUUGAUCGACAAAUCCACGUCCGUGGUUGUACCGGCUCUUUCACCAGCGGCAGCCGUGAAUUCCAAACGCCCAGCCGCUUUAAAGAGUCACCUAAAGGGCCAGCCACGAAUUCCGCGCAGCUGCAGUCGAAUUCUCCCUCUUCCAAGAAGUAA